CCGGCAUCGGCGCAGAGAUUUCGCUCGAUCGCGGCUUCGGGCUUCCCCAGUUUCUCGCCAGAAAUUGACUGCGGUUCGUCUUACGUCGCGAUUCCGUGAUUCGCUGCCACCUGUUGGGUGGAGCCAUCCAGUGGCGGGGGGGCGUUUUCUCUAGUAAGAAGAACAUCUCGAGCUCUCGGACUCUAUUACGCUGGUCGGUUCCCUGUCAUGGUGGACUCUCACUGUCAUCAUUUUCUGUGUCUCUGUGCGAUUGAGUCGGGCUGCAGGGUCGUUAACUACGUAUCCCAUAUUGAGAUCUAAUACCUUAUAUCCAAAUCCAACGACAGCACUUGUCUGACAGGCCAGACGCAACCAUGGCGGCCUACGCCCCCGAUCGUACGGUGGACGACAUUGAGAGCUCCCAAGGGCACAACGAGAAGGACCUCGAUCCCGAAUUGCCCGACUAUGAGGCGCCCUAUGCGGAUCCUUUUGGCAACGAAGAAUUCUCCGAGGUCAAGUACAAGACGAUGGAGUGGUGGCAAUGUGGAAUCAUCAUGGUGGCAGAAACCAUCUCCUUGGGUAUUUUGUCGCUGCCCGCUGCAGUCGCAUCGCUGGGAUUGGUUCCGGCGAUUAUCCUCAUCGUUGGACUGGGUUUGCUGGCCACAUAUACUGGCUAUGUCAUCGGCCAGUUCAAGCUGCGCUACCCCCACGUCCACAGCAUGGCUGAUGCCGGUGAGAUCAUGCUAGGUCGAUUUGGACGGGAGCUCUUGGGAAAUGCGCAGCUGCUGUUCUUGAUCUUCAUCAUGGGCAGCCACCUCCUGACCUUCACCGUCAUGAUGAACACCGUCACUGAGCAUGGCACCUGCUCCAUUGUCUUUGGCAUUGUGGGGAUGGUCGUCUCCUUCGUGUGUGCCCUGCCGCGCACCAUGAAGAAUGUGUCGUGGAUGUCCAUUGUGUCUUUUAUCAGUAUCGUCUCGGCCCUCCUGAUUACGAUGAUUGGUAUCGGCAUUGAGCAUCCUGGCAAGCAUGUCGACGCUACCGUGAAGACGGAUCUGUACAACGGCUUCCUGGCCGUGACCAAUAUAGUGUUUGCCUAUGCCGGUCACGUCGCUUUCUUCGGUUUCAUCUCUGAGUUGAAGCGCGCAGAGGAGUACCCCAAGACUCUAUACAUGCUGCAGUCGAUCGAUACCAGCAUGUACCUGAUUGCAGCUAUCGUCAUUUACCGUUAUGGCGGCAAGGAUGUCGCCUCGCCGGCAUUGGGAUCCACUGGCCCCAUCUUGCGGAAGGUGGCUUAUGGAAUUGCUAUCCCAACCAUUGUCAUUGCCGGAGUCAUCAACGGCCAUGUUGCUGCCAAGUACAUCUACGUGCGUCUGUUCCGUGGUACCGACCGCAUGCACAAGCGCAGUUUUGUCUCGGUGGCCUCCUGGAUUGGCAUCACUCUGGCCCUCUGGGUCAUCGCCUGGGUUAUCGCAGAGGCUAUACCUGUCUUCAACAACCUUUUGAGUUUGAUUACCGCGCUGUUUGCUAGUUGGUUCACUUAUGGUAUGAGCGGUAUCUUCUGGCUCUUCCUGAACCGCGGCAAAUGGUUCUCUUCUCCCCGCAAGAUCGGUCUGACGAUCCUUAAUCUCAUUAUUUUCGGAAUUGGUGGCUGUCUGUGCGGCCUGGGCCUCUACGUCUCUGGCAAGGCGAUCCAUGACAACCCCAGCAGCGCGAGUUUUUCGUGCGCGAGUAAUGUAUAGGCGAGUUUGAUGCAUUGUUGUGUUAUGUGUAUACAGCAUUUAUUCGAACUGUCAAUUAGUUCAUGCACUGCUUGGUGACUUCAAGUUGAGACGCCGUCAUGUCGUUGUUUUAUUACGGGCGGUUGCUUACUAUAUCCCUGGGCGAAGUGUCGUUGGCAUUCUUGAUGCAUCUGGUGUUGGGGGUUCAUACAUAGACUGAUUGCGUUGUGUAUAUUUUUGCAUCUGAUGAACUGGAUGAAUUGGUAACGGCAGU